CUUACCCUCUCAUGUAAAUCGUAGUACCAGAUCAAUCAUCAAAUCAAAAUCAAUAAAGUACCAGAUCAAGGACGGCAGUCGGCACGGACGAUGGACGCCUUCUACUCGACCUCAUCGGCAGCGGCGGCGGACGAUUGGUGUUACGACUCACACAACAAGUUCCGCGAGAUCUCCCCCGCCGUGCGAUCGCACCUCAAGCUCGUUUACCGGACCGUAUGUUUUGCCCUGGUCUCGUCCGCUGUGGGUGCUUACCUGCACGUUGCCCUCAACAUCGGCGGGAUGCUGACAAUGCUCGCGUGCAUGGGAAACAUUGUCUUGUUUUCAUUGACGCCAGUCUAUGAGGAGAGGAAGAGGUUUGUGCUGCUGAUGGCUGCUGCCAUCCUGCAAGGGGCAACGAUUUGCCCUCUGAUUCACCUUCCCAUGGACUUUGACCCAAGGGCUGCCAUAAUAUGGGUGUUGCUCUGCGCAACCAGCAUCCUUGCAACAGGGUUUGUUGGAAUUGCCAUCGCAUUAGGGUGCUUCUCUUGCGUCACCAACAUUGCCAAGCGCAGUGUCACCAGCAUUGCCAAGCGUAGUGAGUACAUGUACCUCCUUGUUCUGCUCUCUUCUGACAUGUCGAUCCUGCUCUGGCUCCAGUUGGCCACAUCCAUCUUUGUCCUCUUGACCGGCAGCUUCAUGGUUGAGGUCUACUCUGGCAUCUUGAUCUUCGUGGGAUACAUGGUGUACGACAUGCAUCAGAUCGUUGAGAGGGCACACCGCGGUGACAUGGACUACAUCGGACACGCGCUCACCCUCUUCACCGACAUCACCGCCGUCCUAGACCGGAUCUUUAUCAUAAUGGUGAGGGUGGUGAUAUGUUCCGCUCCAGCUCAAGAACGCAGGAGACAAGUCCGAGGACAAGAAGAAGAAGAGGAGCAUGUUGCAGCCCAACAAUGCAUGUAUGUCGGCAAGGAGUUGUGAUUUUGCUGGACAUACUUCUAGUGAGUUGUAUUGAGCUGUUUUUUCAGUCCAACAGGAGAGCUGUUGGUAUUCAUUGAUAGGAGAGCACACUGUACAUGGGACGUUAUAGGGUUGAACAGAGGGGAGCCAGUAAAUUAAGAUACACACCUACUCUCACGACACAAGCUGCACAACACCCUGCAAAGAUCCACAGUUGUAGAUCAUCUAAAACCGUAUGUGCGUUUACACUAGGCGGUCGAUCAGCCCGCUGAAAAACGCUUCAAUUCCACUCCUCAAAACUUCCCAGAGACUGUCCAUAUAUAGCGACCUGGGUGGCUUGUCUGCAUCACAAGGCUCGAAGAAGCUGGUGCGCUCUUCCAACCGCAUCAACGACCUCGCUCGAGCGCUGCCAUGAUCCACAUGCAAGGGCAAGGGUAGGUCCAGGCAUACUCGCAAUGUCCUUCUCGCAUGAAGAGGAGGAAAAGACGUAGUGGCUGAACAGGAGGAUGGGCAUCAUGAGUUUCUUGCCACAAAGCACACAAAGGUAGUUGUUGUGUAUGUUGUAUCAUUCAUGUCGAUCCACCGCCGAGAGACACCGAUAGAGGAGCAACCAAGCAAUACGUCACCUACUGGGGGCAGACCUUCCAAACAAUACGGAGGGUUGAUGGCGUGAUU